AUGACUGCACCUACUCCAGAAUUCAACCUAUCCUCCGCAAAGGCAACCGAAUACGAACACAAAUACGCUGCACAUAACUACCAUCCAUUACCUGUUGUCUUUCACAAGGCCAAGGGUGCACAUGUUUGGGAUCCAGAAGGAAACGAAUAUUUAGAUUUCCUUUCAGCUUAUUCCGCUGUCAACCAAGGUCAUUGUCAUCCAAGAAUUGUGGAUGCACUAGUUGAUCAAGCUCAAAAGUUAACUUUAUCCUCAAGAGCCUUUUCUUGUGACAUUUUCGGCACUUAUGCUAAAUACAUCACUGAAUUUUUUGGCUAUGAGAAUGUUCUUCCAAUGAACACAGGUGCAGAAGCUGUUGAAACUGCACUAAAGAUUGCAAGAAGAUGGGGUUACGUCAAGAAGGGUAUUAACCCAGAUGACGCUAUCAUUUUAUCUUGUGAAGAUAACUUCCAUGGUAGAUCCAUUGCUAUUGUUUCCAUGUCUACCGACCCAGAUGCUAGAGUUAAUUUUGGUCCUUACUUAAAGAACGUUGGCCCGGUCAUUCCAGGCACUGAAGAUAAACUUUUAAGAUACGGUAACAUUGAAGAUGUCGAGUUAGCUUUUAAGAACGCCGGUGAUAAGAUAGCAGCUAUUUUGAUUGAACCAAUUCAAGGAGAAGCCGGUAUUGUUGUUCCACCAAUGGAUUACUUUGUUAAAGUUAAGGCAUUGUGUAAGAAAUACAACGUGUUACUGAUUGCCGAUGAAAUUCAAACAGGUAUUGCCAGAACCGGUAAAAUGUUGUGUUGGGAACAUUACCUACCAAGAGAAGACAAGCCAGACAUGGUUCUACUAGGUAAAGCGAUUUCCGGCGGUGUUCUACCUGUUUCUGCUGUUCUUUCAUCAAGAGAAAUUAUGUCAGUUUUAGAACCUGGUUCUCAUGGUUCUACUUAUGGUGGUAACGCUUUAGCAUCUAGAGUUGCUAUUGAAGCUUUAGAAGUCGUCAAAGAUGAAAAGUUAGUUGAAAGAGCAGAAGAACUGGGCAAGUUCUUCCAAGACGAACUACAGAAACUAGCAGAUGAAUCCAAUGGUAUGAUCAAGGAAGUCAGAGGUUUAGGUUUGCUUACUGCUAUUGUUGUUGACAACAGCAAAACCAACGGUAGAUCCGCUUGGGAUUUGUGUUUGUUAAUGAAGAAAAAUGGUGUUUUAGCCAAGCCAACGCACGAACACAUCAUCAGAUUGGCACCACCACUAGUGAUUUCAAAGGAGGACCUAUUAAAGGGUGUCGAUUCUAUCAGGAAAGCUUUAGUUGAGCUUCCAACUGUUGAAAUUGCUGCUCAUUAA